GUAGAGUUUCCAUUAUGUAUUUGAUGUUUAUUUCUGUGAGUCUGCAGGUAAAUUAAUUUCGUUGAAGGAUACCAGAUUAGAUUUUUUAAAGAAAAUGGCCACAGAACUUGAACCACAAGGCUCUGAUAUAUUUGCGGAGAAAUUGAAGAAAGGACAGAAACCGCCACCUGAAACGGGUCCUGGUAGUCGAAUCAUAGCUCUACCUUUACCAGUUCAAAAGAGAAUCAAGAGGUUGAGCAAAAUCGAAGUUGAGAUGCGAUUUUCGACACUUGGAAUGAAAAUGAUUACACGUGAAAUUUUCGAAAAUGAAGAAAUAUUAGAGAAAUGCGUUGCGAUCCUUGCUAGUAACAACAGAUUGAAAAAUGUCAACAAAGAUAUUGGAUUUAUGGAGAAAUUACGAAUAAUAAACUUCAGAAAUAACAUCCUAAAUAAAAUACCUGCUUCUAUCUCCAGUCUGCAAUGCCUAGAGUCGCUUGAUAUCACAAACAACAACGUAAAAAACCUACCUCCUGCAAUCCAUAAAUGUAUUGCAUUAAAAUCUAUAUAUGCCUCAGAAAAUCGUAUUCGAUCGCUUCCAAAGAAAAUUCAUUUAGUACCAUGGCUGGAAUAUUGCGAUUUCACUUACAAUUCUAUAAAAUCUAUAAGAAAAACUCUCUAUAUGUCACCGGCUACAUUCGAUUUCAGUUACAAUAAAUUAACAAAACUCCCGGAAGUUGCAGGAAAAAAAAGACCAAAGGUGAAGUCGAUCCAUGUCCCAUAUAACUUAAUCUCGAAAAUCCCCGAUAAUAUACAUAAGAUGGAAAUUCUGGUUUACGUUGAUCUUUCGCACAAUCAACUCGAGGAACUGUCAGAAAACAUCGGACGUUUGGUCAACCUGCGUUAUUUAGAUGCAUCUCAUAAUCAAAUUUGCGUGCUUCCUCGUAGUGUCGCAGGCUGGGAGUAUGGACUACACACGCUUCUACUGAAUUCAAAUCAAAUUUCAGAGAUACCAUCAGAUUUCGGAAUAUUAAAACGCAUAGAAACUCUAAAUUUAGCAGAUAAUUUGAUUCACCAGGUACCAAGCAAUUUUCUUGAAUUAGUGUCGCUUAAAUCUUUAAAUCUGUCAGGAAACCAGAUAUCAAAGUUUUUCACUGUUGGUAAGUUAUUCAGCUUGGAACACCUUUAUUUUGCCAACAAUCAGCUUACUAGUAUUCCUUUUGACAUUGGUAAUCUAACCCAUUUAAUUACUUUGGACGUUGCUGGCAACAAUAUUCCGUCUUUCCAUCCAGAUCUCGGCAGAAUCAAGUCUUUGAAAAAUGUCAACUUCAGUGACAAUGGUAUUACUUACUUCCCAACAUAUCUUGGAGCUAAUCAAGUUAUUAAAAGUUUUAAAUUCGCUAAAAAUAACCUUAAGGAGGAACUCGAUCUUAGUAGAUUCAUGUUUAUGGAGGAAUUCGACGUAUCCGAAAACAGUUUCUACACGUUACCAAAAUAUUUAGGGGAGAUGAAAUUUCUACGUAUUAUUGAUGUGACAAACUGUAUGGUUUCCAAUUUCUCAGUUCCAAAAUCUAUAGAGCAACUAAAAUUGUCUGGGAACCCACUAGCAACCGAUCCAAAAUCUAUUUUAGGCGUUAUUGCCGAAAAGCAGAAUUCAAAGUUUCUAACACAUUUAUACCUAAGUAAUAUUGGGUUAGAGGACAUUCCGCUUUCUCUUGGUCGAUGUAAGAUGUUAGAGGUACUAGCCGUGGACCAUAACAACCUCAGAGGUAUUCCUGAUAAUAUUUGUAAGCUUCGAAAUCUAAUAGAACUUCAUAUUAAUAGCAAUGAAAUAACAGAAUUGCCAAAGAAAAUUGAUGGAUUUGUACGUUUACGUAAAUUAAAUGCGUCUUCUAAUAAGAUCAAGGAAAUUCCUGAGGGAAUGUUAAAUAUGUGUUUGUUGAACGAAUUAGAUCUUUCUUUGAAUCAGCUUACUGAUUUGCCAGAAGAUUUCGGGGAUAUGAUAGGGCUAAGUUAUGUUGAUCUGUCAUAUAAUACCAUUAGAGAAUUCCCUGAUGCUAAAAUGGAUGUUAUGGCUUCGAUAUGUGUCUUAAUAUUGAUAGGAAAUCGUGUCAAUGCUAUUCCACCUAGUUUCACAUCAAUAUAUAGGGUUAAAAAACUAGAUUUGACAGGAAAUCAUAUAAAAACCAUACCGAAAGACCUAUGGAAUAUGCACCGCCUACAAGAACUCAUACUCAAAGACAACGUAAUCGAAACUGUUCCAAAUACUAUUUGUAAGUUGCCCGCUAUUAAAUUAUUGGAUUUAUCAGAUAACAAAAUAAUGACUUUUCCAGCUAAAUUUGAAAAGAUGAAACAACAAGGCGUGGUUAUAUUAACUGACCAUCAAAAUCAAAGGAAAACUAAAAGUUAAGAAUCAAGACAUUGUUAAAACCAUUAACAACGUUAUCAGAACAAUUGUCACGUUCUGUUUUAAAUGUACAAAACAUGGAAAUACAUACAAAGAAAU